CAAAUUAAUAAACAAACUCGAGAAUUUGGUGCAGAGCUACAUCACAUCUCAUGGGAUUGGGGUGUGUGUAUAUAACUAUAUAUACUGGGUUUUCCAUCCACUUCAACUUAUCAAACAAACAAGCAAGCCAGAGUUCAUACAAAGAUAAGGAGCAAGAAUGUCUGCCAUGAACUCAACUGUAAUAUCUAUUCCAAAUGAAGAUGGAGCUUCCACUGAAAAGAAGAAGAGGUUCCAAUCCUUUCUUCUUUCUCUGCUUCCCUGUCUUGGAGGAAAGAAAAGCAUCCAUGGCUAUAAAAAGCUGAUUCACAGUGUCAAGGUUGGAAUAGCGCUGGUGUUGGUUUCACUCCUCUAUCUGCUCAAUCCUCUUUACAAGCAAGUGGGAGAAAAUGCCAUGUGGGCUAUCAUGACUGUAGUUGUCAUCUUUGAGUUCUAUACAGGUGCUAUGCUUAGCAAGGGCUUGAAUCGUGGAGUCGGGACUAUUUUAGGUGGUGGUUUUGGGUGUUUAGCAGCGAUCUUAGCUCAUGAAGUUGGGGGGAUUGGAAAGGCCAUUACUGUUGGAAUAUCUGUUUUUAUCUUCGGCGCAGCUGCAACAUACAGUCGAUUAAUUCCAAGCGUUAAGAAAAGAUAUGAUUACGGGGUCAUGAUCUUUAUCCUCACAUUCAAUCUGGUCGCAGUCUCCGGUCUGCGUGCUGAGGCAGUGAUUGAGAUAGCCCGUGAACGUCUCUCGACAAUUGCCAUGGGUUUUGCUGUCUGCUUGUUCACAAGCUUAUUCAUCUUCCCCAUGUGGGCUAGCGAUGAACUUCAUUACUCCACAGCCUCCAAAUUUAACAAUCUCGCCUCUUUCAUUGAAGGAAGCUUGGAGGAAUACUUCAAAGAGAUGGGUACGGAAAAGAAGGAAAACCAGAGCACUACCAGUUUCAUUGGUUGCACAUCAGUGCUCUACUCCAAGAUCAAGGACGAGUCACUGGCAAAUUUCGCAAGAUGGGAACCAUGGCAUGGAAAAUUUGGGUUCUCUCAUCCUUGGUACAAGUAUCUACAAAUUGGUGAUUCGCUUAGAGAGUUGGCUGCUUCCAUCAUUUCCCUAAAAGGUUGUCUUCAAUCUCAUAGACAGCCACAGUCGGUGGCGGUGAGGAUGACUAUAAAGGAGCCAUGUGAAGCAGUGGCGUUGUCGCUGAUUUGCACGCUGAGGGAGCUCGGGGAUAGCAUCAAGGGGAUGAAGAGGUGUUCGCCUAAAGUGCUAUUAGUGGCAAAGCUACAGUUGAUGAGACUAGAGCUGAGUGUGGCCUCGUCUCCCUCCAGGCUGGUGCUAGAAAAUUGUGAUGGACUUGCAAUGGCAAGCUUUGUAUAUGUGUUGAUGGAGAUGGUGGACAAGGUUGAAAAAUUGGCUCAAGAGGUGGAAGAGCUGGCUCAUCUAGCAGGUUUCCCUUCUGAUCAGUAGAUUAAUUACAUCUUACUGAUCUGAAUAUUUAAUUUGGUGGUCUGUACAUAUACAUUAAUUAUAUAUUAUAGCCAGUUGUGGCUUGGGAAAGAACAAAAAUUAGAAACAAGAUCAUCAUCCAUAGCAUAGAGGAGACUUACAAGCAUCACAUCCAUGGUGGCGGUGGGUUUCUACUCUCUUCGACACCCACUACUCAGUUUUUCCAUUUGUACAUAGAAAAUAUUUAUAUAUAAAAUAAACUAUGUAUGCAAAUAAGAAGAAUUUAGUCUUUGAAUACAACUACAUAUGUAUAAUUUGUACCUUUGUUCAAAAUAAAAAUUGCAGCAAAGUUGUUGACGAAUCCUAAUUAACCUCAACGAGGUUUGUUGUUUUGCAACGUUUUGGGAC